GGGAGUGUGUCAAGUUACAGAGGCGCCGGAAUCGGCCCCAGCGCUCCUCGCCAGCCGCCACUACCCACCUCUGCCCAUGGGGCCCUCCAUGUGCGCCCCUUCGCCCGGGGACUGAAACUGGCUGGCCCGGGAGGCACGAGGCGCCCAGGAGGACUGACAGCGCGGCACCAACUGCUCUGCAGACUCUUGAAGGGAAAGACUGGGCGGAGAGAAGGAGAGCCGGUCAGAUUGCCCUAACUUUCCUGGACUUCGAACGUUCUUCGAAAUAACUUUUUUUCUCACCUAGGUGUACCCCAAUUACCGCUGGUUGUGCUUUUUCGGCCCUUCUCCUCCUACUGCUAAUUUUUCCGUCCUCUUUGCCGGGAACAACAGAAAGGGACGUUUUCCAGCGAUACAAGCCCUUUCCCCCUUGCCCCGCAGUUUGGAUACAGCCUUUUGGCAGCAGCUGUCGCCUUUAUUUAUUCUAUUUAUUUAUUUAUUGGUUCUCAAGACGUGAGAGGAUGGUAGCGGAGAGCACCCACAAAGCGGCAGCCACCGGUGCCUGCGGCCCUGGGGAGUUGGGCGCGCCCGGGACGGUGGCUCUGGCGGCGGCGCGGGCGGAGCGCGGCGCACGGCUGCCGAGUCCGGGGUCGUGCGGGCUGCUGGCGCUGGCCCUCUGCUCGCUGGCGCUCAGCCUGCUCGCCCACUUUCGGACGGCCGAGCUGCAGGCCCGGGUGCUGCGCCUGGAAGCGGAGCGCGGGGAGCAGCAAAUGGAGACGGCUAUUUUGGGACGAGUCAACCAACUGCUGGACGAGAAAUGGAAGCUCCACUCAAGGAGGCGCCGGGAGGCCCCAAAGACAUCUCCAGGAUGUAACUGCCCGCCAGGACCUCCUGGUCCCACUGGAAGACCUGGACUCCCAGGGGACAAAGGUGCCAUUGGGAUGCCUGGACGUGUGGGAGUAAAGGGUCAACCAGGCGAGAAGGGGUCCCCCGGAGAUGCUGGGCUGUCCAUCAUUGGCCCCCGCGGGCCCCCUGGUCAACCAGGCACUCGAGGUUUUCCUGGAUUUCCGGGUCCCAUUGGGCUGGACGGCAAACCGGGCCACCCAGGACCAAAGGGCGACAUGGGUCUGACGGGUCCCCCAGGACAGCCGGGACCUCAGGGACAAAAAGGAGAAAAGGGUCAGUGUGGAGAGUACCCACACCGGGAGUGCCUAAGCAGCAUGCCAGCAGGUCUGCGCUCCAGCCAGAUAAUUGCCCUGAAGGGUGAACAGAGCCAAGCCAGCAUCCAAGGUCCACCAGGGCCCCCAGGCCCCCCUGGACCAAGUGGACCUCUGGGGCACCCAGGACUGCCAGGACCCAUGGGGCCACCCGGCUUACCUGGGCCUCCUGGACCAAAGGGAGACCCAGGGAUCCAGGGCUACCACGGCCGGAAGGGAGAACGGGGCAUGCCAGGGAUGCCCGGCAAGCAUGGAGCCAAGGGGACUCCCGGAAUUGCCGUAGCUGGGAUGAAGGGUGAGCCAGGGAUCCCAGGAACCAAGGGUGAGAAGGGGGCUGAAGGCUCCCCUGGGCUUCCUGGCCUCCUGGGGCAGAAGGGAGAGAAAGGCGAUGCUGGCAACUCCAUUGGAGGAGGCAGAGGGGAACCUGGCCCUCCAGGGCUCCCUGGACCCCCAGGGCCAAAGGGAGAAGCGGGUGUUGAUGGCCAGGUCGGCCCCCCAGGGCACCAAGGAGACAAGGGGGAGCCUGGAGCAGCUGGAGAACAGGGACCAGCUGGCCCCAAGGGCUCCAAGGGAGAACCAGGGAAAGGAGAGAUGGUGGAUUACAAUGGAAACAUCAAUGAGGCUCUCCAGGAGAUCCGGACACUGGCCUUGAUGGGGCCUCCUGGUCUUCCUGGGCAAAUUGGCCCACCUGGAGCUCCAGGGAUUCCAGGCCAGAAGGGGGAGAUUGGACUGCCAGGCCCUCCAGGACACGAUGGGGAGAAGGGACCUCGCGGUAAACCAGGAGACAUGGGCCCUCCUGGUCCCCAAGGCCCCCCAGGAAAGGAUGGACCUCCAGGAAUGAAAGGAGAAAACGGGCACCCAGGGAGCCCAGCAGAAAAGGGAGAGAAAGGGGAGACAGGACAAGCAGGCUCGGUGGGGCUCCAAGGUGUUCCUGGACCAAAGGGGGAAGCAGGACUAGAUGGAGCAAAAGGAGAGAAAGGCGUCCAGGGAGAAAAAGGAGACCGUGGUCCCCUGGGACUACCCGGAGCUUCAGGUUUGGACGGCAGGCCUGGGCCACCGGGUACUCCAGGACCAAUUGGAGUUCCAGGCCCAGCAGGACCAAAGGGCGAGAGGGGCAGCAAAGGAGACCCUGGGAUGACAGGACCAACGGGAGCAGCUGGGCUUCCUGGUUUACAUGGACCACCUGGGGACAAGGGAAACCGGGGGGAUAGGGGGAAGAAAGGCUCUAGAGGGCCUAAAGGGGAUAAGGGAGACCAAGGAGCGCCUGGAUUAGAUGCCCCCUGCCCGUUGGGCGAAGAUGGCUUGCCAGUCCAAGGCUGCUGGAACAAGUGAUGCCUCUAACCUUGGAUUGGCCUGUGUGUGUGUUUGUACAUAGAAUAUUUAUUUUUAUACAGUUUUCACUUUUUAAAAAUGCCAGAAGGAUGAUGCAUCUUACAGAUUAUUAAAAAAGAAAGAAACACCUGCAUAUUUUGUACAGAAAAUAUCAACCUCUUCCCUUUUCCCUUUUGUUUACAAGAUGUUUUGUAUAAACCUGUGUCUCUAAUACACUUUUUGUUUGUGAGUAUGGUCGUAAUGUCUGCAUGACAUUUGUGCACACUUAUUAAGUAUUGAAGCUUAAUAAAUUAUUGUGUCCUGGUGCCAAAGGGGGCCAGCCAGAACUGAGGUGCUGGCUAGCUCAUGUGUGAAUUCACAUAAAUGCAAAGGUCCAUGAUAUUUGCUAAGCUAGGUGUGUCUAAGAGUAUUUUAAACCCUUAUGCAUUUUCAUUAUUAAAAAAAUGAAACAUGGCAA